CUCAUAUCAGCCCACUAUCGGAUAGCGCCAUCAGCAGCUAAUAUCCGCGCAUACUUGCAUGGCGUUCGUGCCUUGGUAAUCGACAAGCGGGUCCCCAUGGUCGCGACGGACUCCGGUAGUAACUCCCAGUCGCGAGGAUGCUUUCAAUGCUCGAAGCGCCGGAUUGUCUGCGACAGAGGGGAACCUACCUGCUUCAAAUGCCAGAAGAAAGGGAUUGAAUGCUCAGGAUCGGGUCGCUUUCGCUUCAGCCCCGGCCUGGCGACUCGGGGAAGACUAAAAGGCUGCACCAUCCCGAUACCUGAUGUCGACCCCAAAUCGGUAUACCAAGAAGCCUCAAAUACCCCUCGUCCUAUUCGGUGGAAGGACGAUCGGAUAAGAGUCAACAAAAAGCAGAAGCCUCGAAAUAGCGGGAAGGAGCCGAACCGGAAUGGAUUGGCCGUAGAGGGGGGUUCGGUCGUUAGAGGCACAGACCAUGCACAGUCAAUGUCUGCUGGAAGUCGGGACAUUUUCUCUGGCUCAGCACAAGUGGUGGUCAGACAUGCACUAUGUAAUGACCACCGGCCCUCAGUAAUGGAGAUGGCUGUCGGCCAGUGGAUCGCACCAGUCGAUCACAGAACCCGCGAAUCAUUCGACUACUUCGCUAGAUAUGUCGCUCCUGUCAUGGUUGUCCUCGAUAUAUCGAAUGGCUACCGGGACAUCAUCCUCCCCAUGGCUUUCGAAGAUAGCCUUCUACAGCAGGCUGUUGCUGUUGUUGCCGCGCAACAUCUUGGCUCCCGACACCCCUCGUGUCGAGCCGCAACCGAGUCCAGCCGGUCCGCAAUAAUCUCUCGAUUACGACGUGAUUCUCUGCUUGGAUCACCCGACCUAGUAUUCAAUUCAUCGACUUGGGCAACUCUGAUUGUCCUACUUGUCGGGGAAACCGUUACCGGCAGCUCCGAGUAUAGCCACUUGUUACGGACUCUCCUUACUUUGGCCCAAAACAUGAAAUCUGUCGGAAAUACCGAGCUGAGAGAUUUUCUCACAAAGCAGACGGACAUGUUUGCGUUCCUCGGACAGCCACUUCUGAAUGAAGACCUAGGCGCCGAGAGACUUAGAAACCCUGUCGACCCAAGUGUCUGGAUGGCUUCGAGGGUGAAUGCUGAUUCGCACCAUUACAGAACAUUGUCGCUGGUGAAACAAGUCUUCUCAAAAGGCGCACAAAUAUACCUUCAACGUGCGACCACGAAUCAAAGUUCCUGGCAUGUGUUGGAAGAGCUGCGCCAGCUUCUUUGUCAGAUGAGCCCCACGGAGCCGGGUGCUCAUGGAUUCGUAUGGUCAUGUUUCAUUGCAGCAGCGGACAGCGUUGACCCCGAGCACAGAGCCUUUUUCAGCGAGUAUCUGAAAGGGGUGUAUUCACGAACAAUGUUCGACAAUAUUCCUAAAGCUCUUGACGCCUUGCCUGCCAUUUGGGAUCUGCAGGGUUCCGCAAAGUGGACCGAAAACCUGCCCCGUCUGUCACCUAUUUUGAUCAUGUGAGCAAUACAUCCCAUAGGGGGAUCCAAUCGCCACUGCCAGAAUAAUUACUGGUCACCUCCAAUCUCAAUCUCGUAGCCGCUGUUACAGCUUCGGUCGGCAGGGGUGAUGUUGACAUGUCUCCGAGUUGGCUACAGCGUCUGCUGAAGUGAACUUUAUCGUGAUUUUCAUUACUUCGACAUCGACUAAUAAGCGCCAGUCUGGCGACUUCUCCAAGUACGAGGUGUUAUAAAUGGGUGUUAUGAAUGGGACAUACUGUUAUUCACAAAGGUGAUCCGAGCUAUAUGAGCACCACUGGCUGCCGCCAAGAGCUCAUCACGAACGCAAUCACCGGUCCUAAGCCACUAGCCAGCCUGGCUAGGUAUCACAAAGGAACUGUCUGUCGGGUGAAACCUUAGCUAGCAAUAUUUCCGAGA